AUGUCCCUCCAGAGCCGGGCCGCGCUGGGCUCCCUUCGGUUCAACCCAGCAGAAGGAAGGGGCGCGUCCUCCCUGCCUGGAGAUGGCCCUGCCACCGCUGGCUGCACCUUCCAGCCCCGUCCUCCACGGGCACUCCCUUCUGCACCCUUGCUCCAGCCCAAGGCGGGGAGUUUGGACCUGGGUCAGGACUCACAGAGCAGCGGGGUUUCAGGAGCUUCUGUGGAACGGAGGAGGGAGAUGUGA